CAACACAGUUCCAAAUAACAUUGAGAAAUCCCUUCCGUUGUUCUCAUCAUCAAACCAAAACAAAAAGUCCUGCUACCUCAACAAUAUUGAUCCUGAUCACCUUAAACAAAGUGAAGAACUGAUUGAAUGUAUGAUUCCUGUGUAUUAUUUGGCUUUUAUUUCUUUCAGAGAGCAAGUGAUCUCCUUGGUUUAAAGAGGAAUGAAAACUGUUUCCCCUUAGUCACAGUGACAUCUAGUGAGAACAAAAUGGAACUAGCAACUAUGAGCAACCAGUACCAAGCAACUUCUUGGCCAGCGCUGUGUCUCAAGAGUUAAGGUCUGGUUGUGGCAUCUGUCGUCACAUCAACAGAACAGUCAAAUGCUUCACAAAGCUUUAAUAUUUCUGAAAGCCAAGGCUUCACCAGCACCGCAAACAUCUCGACUACCCUGAACGUCACAGACGGCAUGACCACCGACAGCGCUGUCGCAUCCGUUACACCAGAGACGAUCAGUGCUGGUGAUAUUUCUACAAGUGGCAACACCCCUGCAGCUGCAUCGUUCCCGACCACACCUAGCCCCACCCAGAUGAAAACAGCAUCUACUACCAAGAACGACGAUAAAACCACUACUUCAUCUAAAAACAGUGAUAAAACUGGCAUCAUCAUCCUGAUUGUGAUCAUCAUUGCAGCUGUUAUUUUUGUGCUUGCUUGUUUACUUGCACGAAAGAAAAAAAGGCGCUACUCUGUUGAUCUGCACUCCCGGCCAGAUGAAGCUAACAUCCCUCUCAGCACCAUGGAGCCGGAGUUACUUGUGGAGGCUGAAUCUGAAAAAGGUUUAAAAACCUUUGAAGGAAUAGAAACUCCUCCAAAAGAGCCAGAAGAACCAGAGGCCAAACCUGAAGUGCAGACAGAUCAGAAAGAUGAGGCUGACAAAUCUGCUGCCGAUCCCAGCCCUGAGCCGGCAGCGCCAGCUCCCGCCACCUCAGAAGACAAACCCAAAGUGGAAGCCAUCGAGCAGAGUCCAGCUGCACCUGCAGGAGUCAGCGUGGAGGUGAAGACCGAUGACGAAGAGCCCAUGUCCAACAAGACCUCCGUAGAGUCGCUGAAGGACACAAACGAGAACAACAGCAACAAUGCUGAUCUUGGGCAGAAGCGAGAUACGCAGUUCCACAGCAUGCUCUGGGAAGUUUCCGCCGAAUAUCCAGUAUAAGAUAUCAAUGUCCUGUUCCUCGGAAACUAGACUGAAGAAGAAACCGAACAGGAGAUGAGGACACUUUUAUUCAUGCUGUAUGGAACACCUAGGCCACUGGUGACUUUAUGAUUGGAGCUAAUUGUUUGUAACACAUCUUUUUGAAAGUUAAAUAUACUGCAAGCUUAUCUCCUUUGUUGUUUUUCUGUGAUGACAAAUAGAUUGAAAAGUUUAUUGAUAGCAGUCACGACUGACUGUAUUAAGAGUUCAAAUGUAAAAAGACUUGUAUAUUAUGCUUAUUUCCAGUUCUAAGUUUUCAUUCUUGCCUUCAAUAGCAUCAUAUCAUCAUUGACAAAAAAAAAAAAAAAAAAAAAGGUCCUUAUUCGUGCUUGCAGCCUUACUUUCCUCUGGUUGGCCAGCAUCUGGAUAGCAUAGGACUUCAGGAAGGGUGAACCCUCCUGAAAUAUUCCCACCUGUUCUCAUAGAUCAUCAUAUUCAAGAAUUCAAGAAAAGCCAAUUCAUUCAAACCAUUCAUGCUGCGCUUUUUCUUCCCAGUCACGUGACAACUAAUAAUGUUGGUGUGAUCGUGUGGGUUCACUGUCCUGCCCAAGGACACAUGGAGCUACUGCCCUUGUGGUGGGUGAACAACCACUGUACCCACUGAGUCAUGAUCACCUGACAUCCAUCUGUUUGAUUCAGUCUGUGACCAUGCAUCCUGUGCUUCAGCAUCAUGCUUUGACUGUAGUAGUAGUAGUAGUGGUAGUGGUAGUAGUAGAAGUACCACUGCAGUAGUAGUAGCAUCAGAUGACCAUAUAUAGAAAUCAGAGACAUUUACAAAUACACACAAAGAACAAAAAAAAACAUUGGAAACUGUCAGCCAGCCUGAUGUCUGUGCUUCACACUUGCAUGGAUUACAUUACAUUUCAAAACUUUAGUUUGAAAUAAUAAAACAAGAAAUAAGGAAAAACCUGGUGGAAAAUCAAAGGCUCUUUUUGAAGAAAUUUGUAAUUAGGUAUGUACAUUUUUUGUGUGAUAAUUUUUAAUUGCAGUUUUAAUAGUAGAUAAAUAAUGUAAAUAAACUCAUGCAUUAUUGUAAAUACAAGCAUGAGCAGUAUACCCAAAGUUAUUUUUAGAGGUGGAUUUGCUACAUGGCAACCUAAAGCUGCUCAUCAUCAUCGUCAUCAUCAUCAUCUUCAGACAUAAUAAGGCAGUGUGGAGUUGUCAGACCCAACUAUUCUUGCAAUAAUGUAGAAUACAAUGUUAGUUUUUUGGAUUCAGUUUAUGUAAGGUAUUUUUUAUGUUCUUCAAGUUCAAUAAUUUUGUUUCUGUGUUGCUCAUUGCUGAAAAUAAAAAAUGAUCUGACUUGUC